AUGAGUUCCCCCGAUGAAUCUCAUCCAAUGUUUGUAACGACUAACAAAGAUGUUCUUGUCUAUCAUGUUGCUUGGAUUCCACCCACUGAUUACUCAUGGAGACUCAACUUUGCUGGUGUGAUUUCUGACCGAAAGUCUGGGACUGCUGGUCUGGGUUUCAUUCUUCGUGAUGAGAAUGGUAUAUUCAAAGCUGGUUGUGCAGAGCCCCUGUCCAAUUGUGAUAACAUAGUUACAGCAGAGCUGACAGCUUUGUGUCAUGGCCUUGAAGUUGCUAUGAACCAAGGUGUGGAAUAUCUGGAGAUAGAGGGAGACUGUGGCAUUGUGUUUGAAGUUCUCCAUUACAAGAUUGAAGUCAUAUCUCCAGGUAUUGAGAAAAUCAUUAGCAGGUGUCUCAAUUUCUUGGAGGCUUUCCGACAUGCAAAGAUCACCCAGGUGCCUGUUCCCAGGAACAUGGCUGCGAACAAGAUGGCCUCCAUAGGCUCUGGUGAGCGCGAAGCUAUAUACUGGUCUAAUACACCUCCCCCUGAGAUUUCUGAAAUUGUUGUUGCUGAUGUUAUUGGCCGCUGGGUGUCUGUGUCUGAAGUUUAA